AUGCCCCCCAAAAGUAAUCACUACUCUACCGUGUCGCACUCGGAUACCUAUGAUGAUUCCACUACUGAAGUUGACGAGUCACUCAUGGGCGAUGACAAGCAAUGGCACUCAAUAGAUCUGAACGCGCAAGGGAAACAGGCAGGAAAAACUUGGAAAGAAGUCAAAAUUCUCUUGAGGAGAUAUCGCUGGCUUAUCGACACACUUCUCCUCCUUACGAAUAUUGGUCUCUCACUAGGGCUGUCAUUACUGUUGUACUACCAAUUUGAAGACGCCAAGUUCCCGUCGCGAAUGACACAGAUUGGCGGCGAUUACACAGGCGCUGGCCCGCAAUUCCCGAUCGAGAUCAAGAAAUUUGAUGCCGACCAUGCCGUGGUGCCUCCUAACGCAACUGAAUUUCUUUCCGAAGCUACGCUCAACCAAUGGCGAUCGCUUUUGCCUGCUGGUGCCGGUUGGAAAUCGGAGGACGACGGUCCUUUCUUCACCACUACCAUGACCCAUCAAUUGCAUUGCAUCUUCAUGAUGGGACGCAUCUACUCCGGGAUAGUCGCCAAUAAGACUGAUAUGUCUAGAACCGAGGCUGAUAUCCAUUUCUAUCACUGCAUUGACUAUCUGAGACAAGCAGCCAUGUGCUCAGCGGAUCUGGCGCUUGAACCACAUUUGAUUACGGACGCGGACGAUAAUGGGCCUGGAGAUGGCAGUUGGAACGGCAUGCAUGUCUGCAAGAACCACAAUCAAGUGAUCAAAUACGUAGAUCGACAAAUCAAGGAAGGCGUUCGUGUGGUUCUGCCGAUAGAUGACUGAGCACUAGAUUUUAUAAUGAUUUUUGAGUUGCAGCGUCUUUAUAGCAUUGAGAAUAGAAUAUAACAGUCAUACAUCUCUUCGGACUCUUAACGAAUUAAUCGUACGCAGCACCGUCGGCCCGCAUAGUCGCCUCCUUUACGGAAGAGAUUGUGCAGUAGGAGAUAUUCACCCAUGGAAUGGAUUCUAGGUAACCCAAACUCAUGUUGGUUGGCGCCAAGACCCACGCCGCAAGCCUGUACCCACGUUCUUACCUAAGAGUCUCUUCUGCGCAAGACAUAAUUGGAUUGCGCCGCACGCAACAGCUGAAAAUAAGUUUGAGUUCU